AGAAGAAGAAGAAAGGGAAUGUAAACAAUAACAAUCACUGGCGGCUCAUUUCUUUCAGCAGGUGUGGUUUUUAUUUUAUUUUGAAAUUGAUUUCAUUUUAAAUUAAUUAUCGGUAGUGAAGAUUAUCAUUGAAGGAAAUUUUGAAAGUUCUUAAAACUAAUGGUAACAAGAUCAGUGGAAAAUACAAUAAUUGUGUCACGAUGGAUACAGAAUUACCCGGCCCUAGUCGAAGAUGUUCAAGUCGCUUAUCAUUGUCGCGAAAUUUUGCAAAGGCAACCCCCAAAGACGAUUCAAAGAAGACCAAAUCGUUAUCGAAACCAUCAAGUGCCGCCCCAUCGGAAACGGAUAGUACCGAGAUUAUGCAUUUACUUAAAGAAAAUCCUUUCCAUCUGACUCAGUUGACAUUGGAACAAGAAGACGAUCUCAUCUCAAGGGCACCGGAUGCAGUGACCCUGUCUUCGAAGGCCUCCGAACCGGACACGAAAGUCAAAUGUCCACCAUCACCAAUGUCGGUGAUUAGUGUCAGCAGCAACAGCGACCACGAAGCUGUUACGCCGAGGUCGAAAAUGAACCAAUACUUCACUCCCCUGAAAUCGCGAAGGAAUUCGAUGUCUUCCGAUUACAGAGUGAGCACUGCAAAAAGUACCGCCCGUAAAACUUCUUCCCGACAACCGAGAGCAACUCCAGGAACUGUCGAUAGUAAUAAGGUUAAAAAGGCACGGCGACAGAUUUGUAAAACUACCAACAUCAAGAUGCUGACCAACAAGUACUUUGAUGAAUCGCAAAAACGCAUUACAAACUUUUUCGAGAAAAUCGAUGAAGACCCGGACCGGGUAGGAUACCUUCGAGUGCUUAAAUCAUCGACCAUGCCUGCUAUCAAUACCGGUGACGAAAAUAUGGAACAAUUCUUAGCUGUGCAACUCACAGAAGACGCUCAACCUAUCCGACCCAGUCAGCUUCAAGGUCCGUCGAUGGACUGCAUCCCUGAUAAUCCUGAAAGAAUUAUCCAACAAAUUGAAAAAAUCCAAAGCAUCAAUCAUGACCAAACACGCGAAGAUUGGAACAUGGAAGUAACCGACGUUCCCAUGUUGCUGCCAAAAACUCCUCAAGAAGAAGCUGCCGACUCUGGAUAUUCCAACGAUGGUCCCACAACUGCCAAACCAUUACACACGAACGCGGUUAAGAAAACCCCAGCUCCAAAGAAGAAACCCGAAAGCUCCAAGUCCACAGCCAAAAAGAAAACCACCCAAAAAACUCCAGCUACCAAAAGAAAUGAAGGGAGAAAAAUCGUUUGUCCCAAGUACAAAAUAAUAGCCGGUACAACGUUUGCCGUGGAUGCCUUCCGGUACGGCGACAUCGAGGGAGUUUCGCACUACUUCCUGACGCACUUUCAUGCCGAUCACUACAUCGGAUUGAAGCGAUCUUUCAACAAGCCGCUAGUGUUAUCACCGAUCACUGGUCGGCUAGUCAAGGCAUUUAUCAAUGUGGACGAAAUGCAUUACAUCCAGGUUGAGCUGCAUGAAACCAUCGAGAUCGACGGAGUGCGGAUAACGGCGCUGGAUGCGAACCACUGCCCUGGUGCCGUUAUGUUUCUAUUCCAGCUUCCCAACGGCACAAACAUCCUUCACACGGGAGACUUCAGGGCAUCGGCCGAGAUGGAGGAAUACCCGGAAUGGUGGAACAUGGACAUACACAGCAUUUACCUGGACACAACGUACCUAUCGUCGAAGUAUGCCUUCAAAUCCCAGUGGGAAAGCAUAACGGAUGCAUGCGCCGAGGUCCGGUUGUAUUUGGGCCGAAACAUUGGAGCCCGGGUGCUGAUCGUAUGCGGCAGCUAUCUGAUCGGCAAGGAAAAGGUGUGGGCCGAACUGGCUGCCCAGUUCAAUGGCCGAGUUUGGACCGAACCGAAUCGGAGGAAAGCACUUGAAGCGAUCGGGGAUCCACUUCUGGUGCAUUCCGUUGUGGAUGACCAAAAAGAUGCCAAUAUCCACGUUCUUGCGAUGAAUAAGUUAGGCUAUGACGAGCUGGUUGCCCAUGUGGAACAAUUCCCGGAUCGUUACGAUAGCGUGAUAGCCAUCAGACCCAGUGGAUGGGAAAAGAACAGUCGACCUCAGUGGCGGGGGCGAAUCAAUAUCAUAGGGAUCGAAUACUCGGAGCAUUCGAGCUUCGAUGAGCUGCGACGUUUCGUACGAUUUCUGCGGCCUCGGGAAGUUAUCAGUACGGUGCCUUACGGUAAUUCAAACCAAAAUCGAACGCCACAGGUUCCCGUUAGCUGGUACACCGGAGAAGUUAAACCGGAUCGGAAAGCACUGCAACUUUCGAUGACAUCCUUCGUUAAAAUAGGCACAAAAACUCCUUUGAAGGAGAGAAACGGGAAAUCUUAUGUCGCACCGUAUCAAGACGAGGAGGAUGACUGUACUAUUGUUGAGGAAUCCGUGGGGAAGGAAGAACAAGUGGAAGAUGGGAAAGCUGAAUCGCCGGUCGUUUCAGAAAGAGGGGAACUGGGAGACUCCGACAGUGAUUGGAUGCCAUAGGCUGAUUAUGUAAACGAAAUUAGUCACGAAGUGAGAUGUUUUGACACAGUUAGUUAUGGAAUAAAUUUAUAAGCAUCAAAUAAUGUUUGUUUGAUGGAAAACUUUUAUAAUAAAAACUAUUGUUACCAGUUAAGAUCACCUUUUUUUUUUAACUAUUCUGUCAUUUUUUUUCCAUCCAGCUAUUUUUGAAGCAAAUCCUUAAAAUCAGCAGAUAUUUUUUCUGAUAUUUCAUUCCAAAACUUGGUGCAAU